GCAGAGCAUAGCAGAGCGACGAGAUGUCGACCUCCGACUCCGAGCCCGGCUAUGCAGCCGGCGCCGCCGCGAUAACCACCGCACCGUCCUCCACCUGCUCAUCCAACCCGUCGACACCACCGCCCCAGCCUCCGCCACGCCGCCACAAGAACAUUGUGAGUAUGGCCGCGACCAGCAGGGAGGCGGAGGAGGCUCAGGACGUCUGGUUCAGGCACGGAGCUCAGUGGGAGGCUGCGUGGCCACGGCGCCCGAAGCCCGUGGUCGUCGCCGCCGAGGAGACGGGCAGCACCGGCGCCGCGUCAUCACCUUGUGGCGGCGACGGCGUGGGCCGCGCGAGGAGCCUCACCGACGAGGACCUCGACCAGCCCCUGGCACCGCAGGAGCAGGCGACGGCCGCCACGCCGACCUCCUCGCCGCCCAUUGCCCAGGCGAGCAAAACAAAUCAAACGCCUCCCACUACAAUUCUACUACAAGAAUCGAGUUGUUCUUCUUCAUCUAACGUGGUGGUGGUGGGUGGUGUUGCAGGGGAUAGCACGGAGGAGGUGAAGACGCGGCUCAAGUACUGGGCGCGGGCGGUGGCGUGCACCGUCAGGCUCUGCAGCUGA